UCUCUGCUUCUAUUUAAUACUGGAAGGAUCCUCCCUCCCCUCAAGUGGCAAUUAACCGAUCUUAUCACUUGUCUCAAGUGACUGUCUCACUACUAUCUCAAGCCCAUUCAUCACGGAGGUUGACACGACAACACAUUCCUUACCCUUUCCUGCUGGCAGGAUUCACAUUCUUCACUCGUCUCUUCAAGCCCUCUCUAUAUCCUUCGUCUUGCUCGCUUUCUUUUUUGUUUGCUGGCUCUCGCUCUCUCGUCCCUCCUCUUUUUCUUCCCCUGCAUCCUGCAAAGUACCAUGGCUGUCCAUCCCUACUCUCCUUACACCAACUUUGCAUCCCCCACCACCAACACCACCACCGGCAUCAUGGACUUCGAUCGGGCGGCGCUGCAUGAGUUCAUCAUGCAGCCCGUCUCGCGAGACAUGAUCUCUCAUCUGGCUCAACAAGCGAUGCAGGUCAUCCGCUGCGAACCGCAUGUGACAGCACAUCACGCGCAUGGCCAGCCCACUCCCCCCAGCACGCCGCCCUUGGAUGCAGACCUGCCUCCUCUACCAUCUGUCACCACCUUUAUUACCUCGCUAGUGCUCCGCUCGCAGGUGCAGGUGCCGACGCUGAUGACCUCGCUGGUCUACCUGGCCCGGUUGCGGGCUCGCCUGCCCCCCGUCGCCAAGGGCAUGCGCUGCACAGUGCAUCGCAUCUUCCUGGCUUCCCUGAUUCUGGCAGCCAAGAACCUCAACGACUCCAGUCCAAAGAACAAGCACUGGGCCCGGUACACCUCCGUCCGCGGCUACGAGGGCUUUGGGUUCUCGCUGCCCGAAGUCAACCUGAUGGAGCGUCAGCUGCUCUUCCUGCUGGACUGGGAUAUCUGUGUUGACGAGGCCGACCUCCUGCACCACCUGGAGCCGUUCCUCAUGCCCAUCCGUCGGCGUCUCCAGCUCCAGGAGCAGCGACAGCGCGAGGCUCAGCUGCGUCAGCCUCGUGAAUGGCGUCGCUUCCAUGCCUCUGCCGACCUGUUUGCUGCUCGCCUUCACCGUCAGAAGGCCGAGGGUCGCCGUCUGCCUGGCGAGUCUCCCACACGGAGACGUCUGCCCCCCAGCCCAGCAUCGUCAGCUUCCCUUUCUUCCGUCUCCUCAGGCAGCUCCUACUGCGCCUCCCCAGCGUCUGUGGCCGAGUCGGAGCGGUACCGCCCGUACCCACCUCGUCGACGUCCCUCGACCCGCAGUCAUGCGUCCGUCUCUUCUCCGCCAGCUGUACAGGACGUCCCAGGUCUAUCACGUGCUGAAACGCUACCCUCGCUGAGCUCGCGCGCUUCCAGCAUCGCACCCAGCUCACGAGGCGACACGCCCGCUAGUCUGCGCACCUCCAGCUCGAUAGCCAGUAUGAACGAGGUCCACGUGGUGGAUGGCAGUCGCAGCCCGUCGGUGAGCAACGGCUAUGUCUCGAUGGGCGGCACGAAAGUGGAGGAGCUUUCGCAGCCGAAUAAGAAAGCCCGACACUCCCUGAGUCACGCACAUGGACCCGGGCAAACCCACCCGGGGUUUGUAGCGCGGUUCCUGGCAUCCGCGGCAGGGUCGUACAUGGGAGGCCGCCGGCAUUAGGGUUCAUCGAGCUGGACUUGAUGAGUUUCGGACGAUUGUCUUCGAAUACCUGCAUUGCAUUUUUGCUUUCCGACUUCACCCUAUCAACCCAAAUUUCGGGAUCGUUGAUGAAUUCCUUUUCUCUGUCUUACCGUGUGAUGAUAAAAGCAGUUGACCCAAUACCCUCUACCCCUCUCUCUUCCCGUGUUACACUCGAAUCCCGU